UUUUUUUUUACUAAGUACUCUAUAUUUAAGAAAUUUUGAGUUGUAAUACUUGAACUAUUUAAGUAUAAGUGUGUUCCGACAUGUUUGUCAAACUAAGCGAUAUUUAUUUGUCCCUUUUAAAAUUUUUGGCUCCGCCACUGUUCUCCUGUAAGUAUCCGACUGAUUCUUCUUCUCAUUCAAGCCUCAAUAAUAUUUCUUUGUUCCAUUUCUUCUCUAUAUUCUUUAAUAUCCAACUUCUCCAUGGAACAUCAUCUCAUUUUUCAUCAUCUUCACCUUCUCUUCGGUCUCCUUCUCUCUGUUUUAGUAGCUGAUCGUUAGGUACAGAUUGUGUAAAUCAAGAUUAAAGUCGAUUUGUAUUCUUGUUGUUGAUUACCAAAGAUUCAAGCUUGUUCAUAUUGGUGAUGGUGGCUUAGAUUUUGACAACUCUAUUCCUACGCACCAACUGUCAAACAACCCCUGUCACAUCCCUCUUCCCUUUACUCACUCAAAAGAGCUCAACUAAAACUCAAAUCCUCUCCAAUGAUAAUGGCAAGCACCCACGCUAUCAGCGGCAUUCCAUCUCUCAAAACAUUUAGACACUCAAACUCUAACUCCCCCAAAUUUCCUCUUUCUUCAAAUUUUUGGACCUCGUACUAUUCUCAUCCCCAAUUUCCUAAUUCAAACCCUAAUUCCAAUUUUCUACAAUUGUCAUUGUCAUUGUCGUCGUCAUCAAUGGCUUCCACUGUUCGAGCAACCUCUUCCUCCGCCUCUGUUGGAACAUCAUCAUCGUCUGUGGUAGUUGGUGAGAGUGAUUUGCUAAUUGUUGGACCUGGUGUUCUUGGUCGCUUGGUAGCUCAACAAUGGAGUCAGAAUUUUCCAGGAUGUCAAAUCUAUGGGAAGACUGCGACCACAGAUAAUCAUGAUGAAUUGAUAAAUAUUGGAAUAACUCCUUCAGUGAAGGAAGCUAUGCUACCUUGUCAGUUUCCAUAUGUUAUUUUUUGUGCUCCUCCAUCAAAGAGUCCAGAUUAUGCAGGCGAUGUUAGCAGGGAAGCAGCAUCAAGCUGGAAUGGUAAAGGAUCAUUUGUUUUCACUUCAAGCUCUGGACUAGUUGACUGUACUGACAAUGGAAAUUGUGAUGAGGAAACCCCUACUGUACGAAUGGGAAAGAGCCCUAGAACAGACGUCCUUCUAAAAGCGGAGAACGUUGUUCUAGAUAAUGGCGGUUGUGUUCUUCGACUGGCAGGACUCUAUAAAGCUGAUAGAGGUGCUCACACUUAUUGGUUGAAGCAAGGAAAGAGUGAUCUUCGCCCAGGUCACUUUGUCAACCUUAUUCACUAUGAAGAUGCUGCAUCACUAGCAAUAGCAAUCUUGAAAAAGAAUUUACGUUCGAGGGUCUUCCUAGGUUGUGACAAUCAUCCUUUAUCAAGGCAAGAAAUUAUGGACCUGGUUAUUCAGAGUGGAAAAUUCAGUGGGAGGUUUGAGGGUUUUACAGGUGCAAAUGAUUCACUUGGUAAAAGAUUGAACAACUCCAAAACUCGUGCUGAAAUCGGUUGGGAACCAAAAUACCCAAGCUUUGCCGAAUUUCUUAAAAUAAUGUAAAUGUCACCAGAGAUGAUUACACUAUUAUGAAGCAGGUUCUUUUUGUUCACUUAGUCCAUUUCCGGUUAACUGGUUCCCUUUUCUUUUAUCAUUUUGCUUGGCUGUGAAUGUGAUCAUACCACUGUUUCGAUCUCAUAUUUUGGUGUUAAAGUGAGUUUUUGGGGUGGGUAGAUAGUAAGAUAGGGUUUAUGCUUGCAUUGACAAGAACGCUGAUUGUAUGAUACAAUAAAAAACAAAAUGUUGAUUUUUGGAAAAAAAAAAAAAAUAGCUAAAGUGUUUAAAUUUGUUGGUA